AUGGUGGCUUUGAUUGAAGGUUGUAGUGCUAUAUUGAAGAAUAAAAUUCCUCCUAAAUUGAAAGACCCGGGUAGCUUUACAAUUCCUUGUUCUAUUGGUUGUAGAGAUGUUGGUAGAGCACUUUGUGACUUAGGGGCUUGUAUCAAUUUGAUGCCCAUGUCGAUUUUCAAGAAGUUGGGAAUUGCAAAAGCAAGGCCAACCACAGUCACUUUGCAAUUAGCGGAUCGAUGUAUGGCACAACUGAAAGGCAAGAUUGAAGAUGUACUAGUGCAAGUUGAUAAAUUCAUUUUUCAAGCGGAUUUCAUUAUUCUUGAUUAUGAAGUGGAUAGAGAUGUUCCAAUAAAUUUGGGAAGACCCUUUCUUGCUAUUGGAAGGACAUUGAUUGAUGUUAAAAAAGGAGAGCUUACUAUGAGAGUGAAUGACCAACAAGUGACCUUUAAUGUGUUCAACUCUAUGAAGUUCCUGGAUGAGAUUGAGGAAUGCUCUUCUUUGAGUGUUAUUGACACUAUUGUGGCUGAAAAAUUGCUAAAAGAAACUUCUAAAUAUGGAUUGGGAGUGAUUUCACUUGAAGAGCUUGAAGAAAUGAGUGAAGAGGAAGAAACCCAAGUUACAUGGGAGGAAUCCAGGCAGCCUUUUACUAAAGUUGGAAGGAAUUUUGAGUCCUUAGAGUUAUUGGAAAGAAAUUUCAAGCCUUCCAAGCCAUUUAUUUAA